CUUGUUCGGAACGCAUAGUUUUCUAAUAUGCUUCAACCAAUUCGAAUGCUCCUGGUUGAAGCCACAUUCGUCAUAGUCCAGUGUCAAACUUAUUAUGGAAAUUCAAGACUGGCCGCGUAUCCUCAAACUUACUACUCCGACCUGUCGCCAGCGAACUACUACGCUGACACAGAUGAUUUACGUACACCGCGACGGCAGCCGUCUUACGCAUACAGUAAUCCAUAUUUAGACGCCUUCAAUGACAAUUACAACCCUUCGAUUACGUCAAGUGCCGGCGUCGUGAACUUGGCUCAGAUUCCGGACACUGGUGCCCUUCUUGGUACUUCGGCAAAAGUGGUACACUUCCCGUUUGACUCGAAGGAAGUUCCGUACAAAGUUCCGCCAUCGCCUAGCAGUAGUGUCACUGAAAGUCAGUCGGUGGCAGGUCCAAAUGUGCUGAUUCAGUCGACCGGGGCAAAGAAAGGCGUCUAUAUCAAAGACCUGACGCUGCGUUUAUCGGAGCCUCUCAUGAGUGCCUGGCUAGACAACCUCAUUUCCACGAUGAAAGGAGCGUCAUGUACGAUGAAGCCAGUAAAAGAGAAGACCACAAAACUCACCCUGUUUGUCCAACCACCGCCUCACGCGGAUGCAACAAAGAUAGCAACUGAUGUGAACGCAAGCAGUCCUGAAAUUCAGGUUCACAGGAUCAGCGGCCGUGUCGACGUGGCAGCAAGAGACUCACGAGCAGAAAAGUCAUCUAGAAAUGCUUUUAGUGCCAAGUUGUACAAGCUGGGUGAUGACAAAGAAGUCGUAACCUUCGAUCCAUUGAAUACGGCGCAACCCGCAUAGACAUGUUAUUAAAAACACACCAUAUAUAUUUACUGCUUUGGGGAAAAUAGUAAACCAACACUGGUAUACUUUUCUUUUAUUGCGGCAAGUGCGAGUAUAUGCAGACCUAGAAAAAUAAUAACUCCGCCUACUGGCAGGAACGGCUCUCGAAAAUAUGCCUGUUCACGUCUUUAUAUAUUCAAUUUGGUGCGAAAGAGCAAGAUUCCUCAGUGAUUCUAGCGCUGCAUCGUUGAAGAAUGCCAAUCAGGCCGUUGUCCAGUAGGACACACUCUGCUAUAGAGCUUCAAAUAACUGUCGGCGCCAAUCGUUUUCAAAGGAUCUUCUAAGGCAGAACGUUAGACCGAACGUACACAAAAGCAUUGCCUACUUGUAACAAUAAUUAGUCACUGCUUCUAGAUGAACCUAUUUGCUUUUCACUGACAAUCUAAGAACAAUUGGCAUUGUACAAGACAUAUGGGUAGGUAAUAUCAAACCUUUGAGACUACUGAAAACCCUACUGUGCUAAUUAAAUCCUAUGAAUACUGAAGCCUGAAAGAAACUUAGUAAUAAGCCAGUUAACAGUAUACGAGUAUAUAGAAAUACGCUAAGUAAAUAUUGAAAGAUAUAUUAAAUAGCUUUCUCGUUUUUAGCACCUACCUUGUAAGACCACUAUUUUACCGACUAAUUAAAGUGGAUAUUUUUUGCGUAAAUAUUACGUAGAAAGUGAAUUUAAUUAAAUCUUUUAUUGUCUACCAAUUUCAAAAAGCUCAAUCUAAUUUAAGUUAUAGCUGAUUAAACUCAAUAAAGUUUAAUGUCUUCAAGGAUAAUAUGUCAGUCAAAAUUCUCAUUUGGUUAAGGUAAUUUUCCUAUUAUUUUCCAAAUUAUAUAGCUAUAUCUACGACCCUUUAAAAGCAUCGGCCGUAGACUGUGCAAAGCGAAGUGGUUUCAGAUAAUAAAUAUCCAAAUAAAUUUGA